UUGGCCAACUCUUUUAACCAUCAAAAGUUUCACAAUUAUACUAUAUAUAAACCAAACAAAUCAUAAAGCUAAAUAUAGCCAAAAACAUAUGAAAGCUAAAACCAAAAGAUUAGAAUUUCUCAAUUAAUCCAAAAUCCCAUCUCUAUCUUCUCUUCCUUUCUCUGUCAUGGCAGCUUCAUUUUCCAUCUUCAUCCUCCUCAUCGCCUUUUCGAUCCGUUUUUCUCAUGCAGACCCUAGACUUGACAUUGUUGCACGUUCAUGUGAGUCUACUUCGGUGCAGAACGUAGACAAGUACUUCAAGAACUAUGCAGCUAUCCUGGAAAACAUGGAAUAUGAGAUGUACCGUAACAAGUUUGCAUUUAGCGAAGCAGGCAAGCCACCUGACAAAUUAUAUGUGUUAUCUCAGUGCUUGGAUGAUCUUUCUAACUUGGAAUGUGCACAAUGCUUUUCCAAGAUCUGUAAUAUUUUGCCUAGUUGCUUUCCGGCCACUGGUGGCCGUGUUUAUCUUGAUGGAUGCUUUAUCAGGGCUAACAAUUAUAGUUUCUAUCGGGAAGUCAUUACAGAAGGUGAUAUGAAGAGAUGCAGUGAUGAUGUGAACACCAACCAAGAUUUCCAAAGUCUUUUAAGAGAUGUGCUCCAAAAGAUUGUUCAGAAGGCUCCAAACAAUGGAGGUUUUGGAUUAGCUCACGAUACUAAAAAUGGCACUGCAGUUCAUGGCAUCGCUCAAUGCUGGAGAAUCUUGGACAAGGAUAUGUGUUCUGCUUGCUUGAUCGAUGCUGUCAAUUCUGCCAUUCAUUGCAUGCCAUCACAGGAGGGACGCGCCCUCAACGCUGGAUGCUUUUUACGUUACUCCACAUAUGAAUUCGCUAAUGACCCGGAUGCAGGUUCACUCCGAUAUGCUAUAGUAUCAUUCAUAAUUUACAUCUCUGCCGUGGUUUUCAUCUGCACAUUGGCGAUCGCAGUUGGUUUAUGUUUGGGAAAAAUGGCUUAUAGACAGAUGAAUUCUGGACACAAACGGAAAGGAAAAGAGCUGGAUCACUUGGUUGCAAUGAACCAGGGCCUGCAGUUCUUGCAGUUCAAAUUUUCAACUUUAGAGAAAGCAACUGAUUGCUUCAAUGAAGCUCAGAAGCUUGGUUCUGGAGGAUAUGGUGAAGUAUUUAAGGGAACCUUACCAGAUGGAAGAGAAAUUGCAAUAAAACGUUUAUAUGUAAACAGAAAGAGUCGAAACGAUGAAAUAUACAAUGAAAUGGAUGUUAUCAGUAGAGCUCAACAUAAAAACUUGGUUCGAUUCCUAGGCGGCUGCUUCACUACUAUAGAGAAUUUCCUUGUCUAUGAAUACCUUGCAAACAAAAGCCUUGACAGCAUCUUAUUUGAUCCGGAGAAGAAGAAAGAGUUAGAUUGGGGAAAAAGGCAUAGAAUAAUCGUAGGAACAGCUGAAGGCUUGGAAUACCUGCAUAAAGGCUGCGAAGUUCGGAUCAUUCAUCGCGACAUCAAAGCAAGUAACAUCUUAUUAGACUUGAAAUACAAACCAAAAAUUGCUGAUUUUGGCCUGGCAAGGUUAUGUUCAUGUGAGUCUGACAAGAAUUCCCUUGUCAACAGUUCUGUCGCUGGUACAUUUGGAUACAUGGCUCCGGAAUACAUUGCCAAGGGAAGCUUAACAGAAAAAGUAGAUGUUUACAGCUUUGGGGUUCUGGUGCUUGAAAUAAUCAGUGGAGUAAAGAACACAAAAAUAGAAUCAGAAAAUUUGUUGGAAACUUUGGUGACUGAUGCAUGGAAGCACUUCCAAUCCAAUGCAACAUCAAAAAUCAUAGAUGAAAGCUUGGGUUCCGAAGAUAUUGAAGAAAUAAAGAGAGAAAUUCAACUUGGUCUGCUUUGCACUCAGGCAACACCAGCUCUUCGUCCUAGCAUGACUGAAGUACUUCAAAUGCUAAGACAUAAAGACAUGGAAUUGCCUAUACCAACAAAACCUCCAUUUUUGGAUGAACUUGUAGAUUUAUCAUCUUCUUUUGGCUUUAAUAUUCCAGGAAAAUUUCCACUCCAUAAUUCACAUAGAACUGAGGAUUGCAAUUAAUUUUUUUGGUGUAUAGUUUGGAGUUUAGAAUGUGAAUAUAUAGUUUUAGGUUGUCACACAUGAUUUUAACAUAUGAAUA